GAAGCCAACUGAUUCAGUUGCUUUGACAAGAGAACUCAAAUUAUUGAAAGAGAGCUAUUCAUCUUUAACAAGUUCUCCGAUCUUCUACUGAACUACGCUAUGAUUCAUGAUCAGUAUGUGUUUAUGCUGAACGAUUGAUCGUCUGAUUCAUGAAACUGCUGGUGGUGAAGUCUUUCUUUGAGAUUUCUUCAUUCAUCAAUGGCGGCGGUUUCACAAACUGACGAUGCGACGAAUAUGCAAGGCUGGUUAUAUCUCAUUCGUUCCAAUAGACUAGGACUACAGUCUUUGCGAAACCGUUACUUUCUUCUCCAGGAUCACCAUCUUAGAAGUUUCAAAUCAUUACCGGCUUCCCAUCACGAUGAUCCUAUUAGAAUUGCAAUGAUUGAUUCCAGUAUAAGGGUUACCGAAAAUGGGAGAGAGAACAUUCAAAGAAAGGUGUUGUUCACUUUCACACUUUACAACGUAUCAAAUCACGGUGAUCGAUUGAAGUUAGGGGCAAGUAGUCCAGAUGAAGCUGCUAGAUGGAUACUUUCUUUGCAAGAGAAAACUUUGAAGACGGGCCAAAUUAAAGAACAAAAUGGUUUUGCUGGCUCUAAGAUUAGCUUACGGUCAUUCAGAGCUUGGAACAGGUGUAAGUAUUAUGGAAGGCACCACGGUUCAUACUCGAAAGAUUGGAUGAUAUCUUCACGCAUACACAUAGAUUCGAUGUCAUUCGAUGUGAUUACACCGUCAUCUUGGACAAUAUUCGGUUGUCACAAUGGUCUCCGUCUUUUUAAAGAAGCAAAAGAUAGGGAUGCUUGCGCGAAGCAGUGGAAUGACCAUCCUGCUAUAAUGGCUAUUGGUGUGGUUAAUGGAACAUCAGAGGCAGUUUUCCAAACCCUUAUGUCUCUUGGUGUCUCAAGAACAGAAUGGGAUUUCUGUUUCAAUGAAGGGACCAUCAUUGAGAACCUAGAUGGUCAUACUGAUAUUAUUCACGUGCUGUUAGCCAGUGAUUGGUUUCCAUGGGGAAUGAAUAGAAGAGACCUACUCGUAAGGCGUUACUGGAGAAGAGAAGAUGAUGGAACAUAUGUAAUUCUAUUCCAUUCGGUGUUUCACAAGAGGUGUCCGCCCAAGAAGGGAUAUAUUCGUGCAUGCAUUCAAAGUGGGGGAUACGUGGUAUCUCCCAUGAAUGAGGGGAAACAAUCAGUUGUCAAGCAUAUGCUUGCUAUUGAUUGGAAACUUUGGAGAUCAUAUCUGCAAAGAUCUUCUGCCAAGUCUAUCACGAUUCAGAUGCUGGAAAGAAUCGCGGCAUUGCGGGAAUUAUUUAGAGCAAAACCCGAAUGCUUCACAUCGUCUGAUGUGGGAGUAAGAGAGAUCAAAUCGCCUAAAAUAGAAGAAAAUAUGGUCCAAUCUAGGAAUGAUGAAGAAGGGGCACAAACACCUUCCAACUGUAGCCUUGUAGGAUUGGAUGAUGAUGAGCCAGAUGAGUUCUUUGAUGUCUUGGAGCCUUUGGACUCUGACCAGUCGUCAGAUAAUAAUGAUUGGCAUUCCAAUUUCCAUCAAGAUAUGUAUGCUCAGGAAACUCGACAGACUAAGCUAUCAACUGCUGCCGGUCUGGUUAAGAAACUACAUGAUCUUGCUGUUCUGAAGAGGGGUUAUGUAGACCUACUAGAAAUGGCUAAGGAUGACUGUGUAUCAUGGUACUAUGGCAGCACUCUACCUAAAGACCAAUCAUGUAACUUGCUUUGCAGUUGGAUGGAAGCAGAUCCGUCGACAUUCUUAAUUCGUGGAGAUACUUACUUAGAAGACCAUAAAAAGGUUACAGCAAAAGGAUCACUGAUGGAAAUGGUUGGGGCGGAUUGGGUAAGAUCUGAUAAGCGAGAAGAUGACCUUGGUGGCCGGCCAGGAAGCAUAGUUCAGAAACAUGCAGAAAAUGGUGGGCAAGAAUUUUUCUUCAUUGUCAACAUACAGGUCCCAGGUUCAACUACUACUUAUAGUCUUGCUCUAUACUAUAUGACCAAGACUCCAGUUCAAGAAAUUCCCCUACUAGAGAGCUUCAUCAAAGGAGAUGAUGCAUACAGAAACUCGAGGUUCAAACUAAUUCCACACAUUCCAAAGGGUUCAUGGAUUGUCAAGCAAAGUGUUGGAAAGAAAGCAUGUCUGGCAGGUCAAGCAUUGGAAAUCAACUAUUUCCAGGGAAACAAUUACAUUGAGCUUGGGAUUAACAUUGGAUCAUCGACUGUAGCAAGAGGUGUGGUUAGUCUUGUUUUGGGGUACCUAAACAACCUGGUUAUAGAGAUGGCAUUCUUAAUACAGGGUAAUACACUGGAUGAGCUCCCCGAGAGGCUGCUUGGGACUUGUCGGCUCAACCACCUGGAUGCCUCGAAAGCUGUCUCGAUCAACUCGUGAAUCGUUAUCACCAUAAAUAUGGUAGCACUUGUCUAAUGGUGUAUUAUUAUGUUAAAAAACAUUUGUUUUUUUCUAAUCUCAAAUUAAGUUCAAACUUUAGU